AUGUCGUUCCUUGCCAGCCCUGUCGCUCCGGCGCGUAUACCCACGGAUGAAGUCAUUACCUUACAUGCCUGGGAUGAUAGUCCGUUGUAUAGAAGGAUUGCGCUGUAUAAUUUGAAGGUAUUUGAUGAUGUGCUUGAUCCGGAGAAGUUGAGGGGGAGUUUGGAGAAGUUAGUUGCAGAGAGGACAUGGAGAAAGUUGGGUGGACGAUUGAGAAAAAAGGACGAUGGGUAUCUUGAGUACCAUAUCCCAACGCAAUUCAACAAAGAACGACCAGCGAUCGCCUUCACUCACGUCAACUUAACCACGAUCACAAAAGACGACCAUCCAAUCGCCUCCCGCCUACCCAAACCAUCCUCCUACCCCUCCAUAGUAGGCGAUCCAGAAGAAACAGUAUCUCUAGCCUGCGGUCGCGAAUGUCCCACCUCCAUCGACGACUAUCUUUUUACAGACCGACCAUCUUUGGGUCUCCACGUCGUCUCUUUCAAAGAUGCGACGCUGGUCACAUUACAUUGGCUACAUCUUGCUUGCGAUGCGCUUGGCAUGAAAGGCUUGGUAGAUGGGUGGGUUUGUGCUAUGAAGGGAAUUCCCAUACCGGAGCAACAGGGCUAUGAUUAUGAUCCAUUGAAAGAACUUGGACGACAUCCUAAGGAAGAGCAUAAUUUGGCGCAUGAGAGGAUGGGGACGGUAUCGUUGAUGAAGUAUGUGGCUUGGAAUGGAUAUAGUCUCGCCUUGGGCAAGAAGGAGACGCGUAUGGUUUGCAUACCGGGUUGGUUCCUAAAGCGACUUCAUGCUACUGCUCUGGAGGAACUUGUCGUUGCUGGAGUUAAGAAUCCCUACCUCACAGAAAACGACGUCCUUGUGGCCUGGUGGACACGCAUCGCCCUAUCCCAUCUCCCUUCAGAUUCCGAUCGUCCAGUAACCAUCCAAAUCGGCAUGUCCCUCCGCAAAUCCCUCUCCAAAGACCUCCUCGACCCUGACAAACCCUUCAUCUCCAACUGUUUCGGCUUCACAAACCUCCUCCUCCCCGCAAACACCAUAAAACAGAACCCAACCAGCAAAACAGCCUUUCAACUCCGAACAGCACUUAAUGAGCAAAGAACACGCGAGCAGGUAGAAGCAUACCAAGCUAUGGUCCUAGACUCCAUCGCGCCUCUACCCGUAUUCUUCGGCAAUGGGAACACGUAUCAGAUUUCGUAUACGAAUUGGACGAAAGCUGGUUUGUUUCAAGCAGAUUUUAGUGCUGUGACUGUGAAAGAGAGGAGUGAGCCGUUGUAUGCUUCGUAUAUUGGGCAUUGUCAGGUUCCGUUCAAGUUUCCGGAGGGGUUUGUUGUUGUUGGGAAGGAUGUUAAGGAGAAUACUUGGCUUUGUGCGUAUCGGGUUGCGGGGUUGUGGGAGAGGGUUGAGAAAGAGUUGAAGUCUUUGAAAGAUCUUGAGGAGAUGAAAUGA